AAUUCAAAUAUCCUACCAGUAAAGGCAUUUAUUAAUUCUUGCAGCAGAAUGAAACAAAAAUAUUAUGUGGUGUUUGUGGGGAGGAAUCCCGGGAUCUACACAACAUGGGAUGUAUGCAAUGCUCAAGUUAACGGAUUUAGUGGAUGUAGAUACAAGUCGUUCAAGAGUUUUGAAGAUGCUACGAAAGCCUGGAAUGAGUAUCAGGCUUCUUUCACCGAUCGAAACGCGCGAAAUACAAGUAGAAGUGAGGCUGUUUGUGCAUCUCAUCGUCCCUCAACAAUGGACAGUGGCAACUGUGUAUCCACUCACACAGAUCAAAUCCUAAUCGGCACCAGGAAUGUCAGUGAAGAUGGCUUGGCUGAGAGGGUGCCUGUUGAUGAAAUUGGAGACGAAUCUUGCAUGGCUCUGCUUCUUCGUAUCAUGCUUGGAUUGUUGCUUUUUUAUGUUGGAUGA